AUGCAGCUCCUUCACAUUCUCACCGUGUUCUGCUCACUAUCCCAGUUUCCAACACUGGCCACAGCAGAAAAUGCAAACAUCUCAGCGGAUUUAGAGUCCCAAGAGGCUGAUACCCCACUGCCCGCAGAUCUCAUCCUACAGCGCAACGCCGCCAUAGCAUCCCAGCUCGCAGCAGGACCAGCCCUCGGCGUGAAGAAAAUGAGCGACGACGAAGGCGAGAAAUUCUUCCUCGACUACUGGAGUUUCGGGGAUGUUCCUUCAUAUAGCAACAUAUCUGAGCGACAACUCGCAGAAGACGGAUUUUCCCCUGCGCGCUUUGUGGCCCAAUCAUACCCUUUUGGGCCAUCAUAUUCCUUGGGCUCAGAUGGAGACAACCAAUUCAUUCCCCUGGGAAGCAGUUCCAGCGCAAACAAUCUGCUCGAGACACGAGACUUCAAGUGUCCGACUGGGACAUCGGCGUGCACAUCUAUCGGUCGAUCCGAUCGCUGCUGUGGGGCCGGGGAGACUUGCGAGAUCGUCGCUGAUACGGGGCACGGCGAUGUGGGCUGCUGUCCCAGCUGGAAGACGUGCUCUGGGAUGAUCGGGUCGUGCCAGAAUGGAUACACGGCUUGCUCGCAGGCUCUGGGGGGUGGCUGUUGUGUUCCGGGAUAUGAUUGUGUUCCAGGGGGAUUGACGGUUCAUUCGACCGUGAUGUUGUCUACUGUGACAUACUCGACCAAGCCGCAGGAUAGCACUUCCACAUCCACUUCCGGCUUUUCCUCAACGACAUCUUUUCAUAGCACCCAGACAACAACAAACGACAGCUUGGCACCCCCAGCACGUCCUACGGACAUCUCAACAGUAACCAGUGCUACCCGCGGCGAAGAUGUCUGUCCGACAGGUUUUUAUGCUUGCUCCGCUGUUUACCACGGUGGCUGCUGUCGCACUGGACGAGAUUGCGAUACGACCUCAUGUCCGAUCACACCCUCGACGACGAUUACAUCGAAUGGCGUGACUAUUGUAGCCCCUGUCGCUACGACGACCGAAAGCUCUGGCGGGAACCGCUGUACUGCAAGGGACACUGCGUUUGCAACGACAGUCGCCAAGGAACAAGCGACUGCGGCUAGCGGUGGCAUGAUGCACCAGGAGACUUACCGACUGCUGCACUCGGAGCUGAUCACCGAAUCUCGCCGACACCGGCAACCUUCUUCCCUCCUUCACUUCUUCUUUUUCCCCAACCCUCGUUCUUUUAACGUGUACCCUCUGGACGUGCUCAAGACUCGAAUUCAGCUUCAGACUGGAGCCCCUGUGGCCGGUGUCGAUCACUACAAUGGCAUGUUCGACUGCUUCCGUAAGAUUGUUAAGAACGAGGGUGCUUCCCGUCUAUACCGUGGUAUCUCCGCACCCAUCCUGAUGGAGGCACCCAAGCGUGCGACCAAGUUCGCCGCCAACGACAGCUGGGGUGCGUUCUACCGCAACCUGUUCGGCGUGGAUAAGCAAACCCAAGGCCUGGCCACUUUGACCGGAGCCACAGCUGGAGCCACUGAAGCUUUCGUCGUUGUUCCUUUCGAGUUGGUGAAGAUCCGUCUGCAAGACAAGGCCCAGGCCCACAAGUACAACGGCAUGUUCGACGUGGUAAAGAAGAUCGUGGCCGCCGAAGGCCCGCUGGCAAUGUACAACGGUCUUGAGUCGACCAUGUGGCGUCACGUCCUGUGGAACGCAGGCUACUUCGGCUGUAUCUUCCAGGUCCGCGCACAGCUGCCUGCUGUCGAGCCCGGCAACAAGAACCAGCAGACCCGCAACGACUUGAUCGCCGGUAGCAUUGGUGGUAUCACCGGUACUAUCCUAAACACCCCCAUGGAUGUUGUCAAGUCCCGCAUCCAGAACACCUCUAAGGUCCCUGGUCAGGUUCCCAAGUACAACUGGGCAUGGCCUGCUCUCGGCACCGUGAUGAAGGAGGAGGGCUUUGCUGCCCUGUACAAGGGCUUCACCCCUAAGGUCCUUCGUCUCGGCCCUGGUGGUGGUAUCCUGCUUGUUGUGUACACUGGUGUUAUGGACUUCUUCCGCAACAUGCGCGAUCAAAAGUAA